AUGCAGAUCAAUCAGGCGGAAUGCAAGAGUCUCAUCGGCUCUCCUGUGGCCCAAGACCAUGACAUGCAUAGGACUAACGUAGCCGAACUCACGACACGAGUUGCGCCUACUGCAGAAAUCACCAUCGGGAAAAUAUGCGAACGCAGGGAUAAUCUUGACGGCAUGGUAGAGAGUCUUGCGGAACCGCGGAAAAAGGGAAGUGUAUUGGCAGACUCCAAGGAGAAAGCGGAUAAGAUAAAUAGCGCCCUCAUCAACACCGAUAUCGAUACAUCCCCUGAUCUUGCUAUACCUGACGAUCUCGCGGAGGAUGAGGAUAGUAACACCAUCCAGGCUACUAUUCACGGCUCUAAUGAUAACGAAUCAGAGGCCGAGUUCAAUGAUAGCGAGCAACGAGACCGUGAGGCGUUCGAGGAGGCCCGUAUUGAGGCUGAGGCACAGGCAGAGGAGGACGCCAAUACUGCGAAUGCUGGCCCCGGUGACGAUGACAUCCUGUUUGACGACGAGGAGCUGAACGAGUCAGCCCGAGCCCUGGGCAUCAACAACCAUAUCGAUAUUAUAUACUCCCGCUCCCCCCACCGCAGACUCCAAGGAGAAGGCGGACAGUGA